AUGAAUAAUUGUUCUACUUCAAAUAAUUAUUCUGCAAGACAUCGUCGUAGUUAUCAGAAGCAGCCCGUAUAUACUUCAGACAAAAGAGCAAAAUUUACUCAAAGAGAGAAUAAGAAGUGGAUCCGUUUCCUAACAGUACUAGGAUAUAUAUUCUUCGUAUCUCUUCCUGCUUUAUCCUUGAGCGUUUACUACAUCUACGUAUGGGAUCCACAUUACGUAGCUAAAAAUGACAAUCUUGAUUAUCCCGCCAAAUAUUUUGAUUCAAUCAAAUCAGAUACAGAACGGAUGCCUCGUUCUGAAUUUCCUUCAGAUGAACAUUCAGAGAAGUAUUCAGGUCUUCCUCAACAGAACCCCAAUUUAUCAGAAAUAUUGAGAGAAAGGAAUAAAGACGACCUAUCAACUUCGAAGCCCACUUCAACUACUCCAACAUGA